AUGCCUGGGGACGACAUAACCGAUCCCUUUUUAUGGGAUGUGGACCGAGUGGUUCAAGAGCUUUGCACUUCCAAUCGGUCAUGGAAGGCUCCGUCGGCGAAGAAGCUUCCUGACCCAGUCGCUCUUGAAGCCAAGCUUCGGGAGUGCGAAGUUGACGGCGAAGCUCUUCUCACUUACGGAGAAGAACUUGGCUUCCAUGAGCUUUGGCACUAUCUUGGCAUCAAUAAACUACCGCAUCAAUUGGGCCUCAAAGAUGCCAUUACUCAGUUCCAAAAGCGCAGCCAGAGGUACCGACAAUGGAAGGCUGAGCGUCGUACCGAAUCGGAAGGCGAGGAGGCUUCUGAUGAGGAGCCAACUUUGAAGGCCGAACUCAGCAGCGCCACAUCCCCGAAGGUCUCGAUAUCCGCGCCUCCUGCCAGCAGCUCGAAAGCAAUGAAUAAUAGUACUCUACAAAAUGCUUCAGAUCGUGCGGGUUUGAGCCCAGUUGAUAGGAGCGCACCGUUCUCCGAACCUGUGACAACGGAGCCACCUGCUAAGAAGAGGAGGAUUGCACCGAUUACCAUCUCGACCGAGCCGACUAGAACGUGCCCUGCGCCCAUUCCUACCCAGGGGGGCGUCCUCCUUAGCAAGAGUUCAUCGGCAAUCACCUUGGAGACCAACUUCCCGUUUCCCGGUACUUCAGGUCUUCCGGAUGAGAGUUUCAUUCUGGUUAACUCCCGGAACGCCAAUAACGCUGAUGACGACUUUAAUUUUCAGCACAUUGGCCUGAAGGUGCCUGGGUAUCGACGCAUCCAAGUCUACCGAAACUUCAAGCGGUUUCUUCUGUCUAACUCCCGUCCCGGGUUCCAAGCUAGGCAACUGUCAGAGGAUGUGGUACUGCCACCAUUCGGAGAGUCUGAUGACGAUCAAAGCGUUGACACAGAGACUUGGGAGGAGUACUUGAAAGAGGAGGAAGAGCGUAAAAGGAGACGGGAGCGUCUUGCCAAGGAUGAACACACUCUCAGUCAGGACCAGGUCCGUGAUUGUAUCAACCAGGUUCUCCAGGAGCUUGAGGCUCGCUGGCAGGAAGAAAAGAAGCCCAAGUAUGAGCUUAAGGCUCGGAAGAUUUGGCAGGAUGCUCGCCGAAAUCCCAAGCGCCGCGAGUUCCUGAAGCACCUCAAAUCAGAGGUUGAGCGCCUCGAGUCGCGGCUUCAGCGUCUGAUCAAAGAAAUUCUGCUCCAGCAGUGGAAGGUUCAGGAAAACGUCCAUCAAAAGUUUGCAGAUUACCUUGAGGUGACCUUGUUUGAGAAACUCCAUCUCGCUUGGAAGAUUGAAGUAAUUGAGAGCCUAAGGGCUCCUCCGAAGCCGCUGCCUCUUCCAAGGUCAUUUCGCAAGCCGAAGCAGGAAAAGAUCGUCGUGGACGAUGAAGAAGAGGAAAUUCUGUCGAGUGACUCCGAUAUGGACCACUUCAUCGAGUAUGACGAGGAUGGAGAGUUUCCUCCUACAGAGGAUAUGAAGUCACUUGCGACGGAGAUGGAUAUCGACUCGCCCCCCCCUCUAGACCACGGCCCUGUUUCGAUAAGCCCGAACUUGGAGGACUCAGCCAUUGUCGAAGCUCCCGUCAAGGAGGAUGCUCAGCCGAGACCUGCACCGGCCACAUCGCUAUCUCCCGAAAGAAAAAUUGUCGAGGUUCCUCCUUCAGCGCAGGCGACACCGACUAAGGUCAAAGCCGGAAAAGUCCAAGCUCCAGUAACACCGAAGAACUUGGUACCCACUCAGGCUGAGGUCAUCGAGAUUUCGUCGUCCGCAUCUCCGGAGAAGUCUCGCAACCUUGGAGAGCUCCCCGGUUUCACCGACCUCGAAAGCCUCAAGAAAAUCGGAGAAAUGGGUUACGAAGUCUGGGAGGGUAACAAUGACGCCGAUCGCCUUGUCGUCGCUAUCUUAAACAAUGCGUGGUCAUCAGAACAGCGUACCGCCCUCGCGAAAGCUGUAGUUGGCCAGGAUAGCGAUCAGGUUUGGCAAGAGUUUAUGGAACCCUUCGUUACGAAACUUGGCGUUUCGUCGCAUCCUUCCUCUUCGCAGUCGGCCCCGAGCUCUCUAGUCCUUGAACUAGCCAAACUGUUUGAUGCUUACAUCAGCGUCACAGCAAAACGGAUCCCCAAGCCGAACAUGCGCAGCAUUACGCUCGCGAGAAUGCAGCGAGAGGUCGAGAAGUUUGCUAAUUUUUGUGUUCUUCUCAACAAAGUUCUUCCCCUUUUUACACAGAUCUUUGCACGGACGCCGACGAAGAACAUUAGGAUCGUCGUCAAAUCGCCAGCCGGAAAGACCCCCAACAAAGAGGCGACCACAAACAUUGAAGAUCCAAUCGCAGCCGCAGAGGCAGAGAUCAAGGAGCUCGAAGCAGAAGCAGAGGAAGAAUCGUCAAUUAAGAAACGGCGGCGCCCCAAGCGCCGCGAUCAGGCUGCGGAAGAUCUUCGCAAGAGGACUUUCCUCCAUGAAGAAGAGCUCUCUCAGCGAGCCAAGCAAUUGCGCGAGAAACUGGCUCAGUCUGGCGAGGUCCCCAGCGACAAAUCUCGCCUUAUCGUUAACGAGUCCAAAGAGUCUGACGAGCAGGCUUUGAUCUACAUUAAUGACCAUAUUGGCUCCAAGAUCAAAGACCACCAGAUUGAAGGCGUCCGCUUUAUGUGGAAUCAAGUCGUCCUCAAUUCGAGUGUCCGCCAGGGCUGCCUGUUGGCACAUACUAUGGGCCUGGGCAAGACUAUGCAGGUCAUCACCCUGCUCGUCGUCAUCGCAGAAUCGGCCAACUCACCAGAUGAGUCGAUUCGCUCGCAGAUUCCCGAAGACUUGCGAGAGUCCAAGACGCUGAUCCUUUGUCCGCCUGGCUUGGUUGAUAACUGGUGCGACGAGAUUAAGAUGUGGGCUCCGAACGAUAUUCUGGGACCUGUUCGCAAGGUUGAGUCCAGGCUUUCGGUUAACGAGCGGCAGAGGACUGUGAAGGCUUGGGCUGAAAACGGCGGCGUCCUCGUCAUGGGUUACGCGAUGUUUACCCUAAUGAUGGAUAUCAAGGAAGACGAUAAGGACAAAGACGCCAAGCAAGAGGUUGCCGAUCUUUUGCGGGAUACUCCUAAUAUGGUUGUUUGCGACGAAGCCCAUUACAUCAAGAAUUCCAGCUCUCAGCGCAGUCAAGCAGCGUCGAACUUUAGGACGAUGAGCCGCAUCGCGAUGACUGGCUCACCCUUGACAAACAAUGUCGACGAUUACUAUGCGAUGAUCAACUGGGUGGCUCCUAACUACCUUGGCGAUUCGAGGGAGUUCCAGGACCGGUUCUCAAUCCCGAUCAAGGAAGGUCUCUACGCCGACAGCAGUGAUGCUCAGAAGAGAAAAGCCAGGAAGAUGCUCCAGGUUUUGAAGAAGACAGUGGAGCCCAAAGUCCACAGGAGAGAUAUCGAAGUCAUUCGCAACGAACUCCCUACCAAAAAGGAGUUCAUCAUUACUCUGCCACUCACCGCAGUCCAGAUGAAACUCUACGAAGAAUACCUUGGCUGGGUUGUGCAUGCUGAUUUCUCGGACACAAUGAAAGGCAACGUCCUCGCAAAGGCUUGGAGCCUCGUGGCGAGACUGAGCCUGAUUCUGGCCCACCCAUUCGUCUUCAAAACCUGGUUGGAAGAGCAGAAGAAGAAGGCGAGCGAUAAGUUGAAACAGAACGAGAAGGUUGGUGAUUCCUCCAGAGGGGAUGAUGAAGACGAAGAGAAGGCAUUAAUUGUGCCCGAACCUCCGAGCGAAGUCUUGAGCAACAUGCUCGCAAAGGUAGCGAUCCGCGAUAUUGAGGACUAUGACAAAUCCAACAAAAUCCUGGUGCUUCUUCGGAUCCUGGACGAAUGCAAGAAAGUGGGCGACAAGGUGCUUGUCUUCUCUCAGAGCAUUCCUACGCUCGACUUCAUCGAAAACAUUAUGAAGAGGAAGAAGAUUGAAUUCCAGCGGCUUGAUGGGAGCACCGACCGUUCCAAGCGACAGGAAAAUGUCAAAAGGUUUAACACCGACCCGAACUCUAUGGUGUACUUGAUUUCGACUAGAGCAGGGGGUGAAGGCCUCAAUAUUUACGGCGCCAAUCGGGUGGUAAUCUUCGACUUCAAGUACACUCCCGCCAACGAGCAACAGGCCAUCGGCCGCGCGUACCGACUGGGCCAGACAAAGCCAGUAUACGUUUACUGGCUAACAAUCGGUGGAACCUUCGAGGACAUUAUUCAUAACAACGCGAUUUUCAAGUCGCAGCUGGCACAACGGGUCGUGGAUGACAAAAAUCCUGAUCCUCGGAGCAAUCGAAACACCAGGGCGUACUUUGCGCCGCCCAAGGUUCCCGAGCAGGAAGAUCUAUCCGGCGCGUUGGGGCACGACUUGGUGCUGGACGCUAUCCUCAAGGAUGAGGUAGUUGGCCAUUUGGUCAAGAAGGUUACGUCUACGGAGACGUUCGAAAAGGAGGAGACGUACGAGCUGUCGGCUGAAGAUCAGCAGGAGGUGGAACAAAGCGUCCGCAUGGAACGGCUGAGGAUCGAGAAUCCUGAAGAGUGGAAGCGCCUCGAACAUGAACGACUCUGGCAGGCGAGGAUCAACCUAGGCAUGGUGCCGCCGCCUUUCAGGCAACAGGCUUCAGCUACCGCAAGUGGUGAGUCUAACAGCAAGUCCAGCAAGCAAUCUACCAGCAAAGGCAAUCAAGGCAAAUUCAAGGUUAGGAUCCAAGUACCUGAUCACCUGCGGGAGAAACGACUGCCUCAAGCGAGGCAGAGUUUUCAGUCGCCCUCCCGCAAUCCAGCGCAAGUGCGACAAGGCUCCCCUCUAGGCGCUCCGACGGUGGCAACUCAAGCCAGCAGCGUCGGACACGCGAACACAUUAGGGUGCUUGCCGGUGCCAAACUUAGCGGUUGCGAAUGCAGUCAUCGCACACCAGCAGCAAGAGAUUCCGUUAAAUGAGCUUCCCUUGGUCCAGUCAACGUCGUUCAACGAGACAUUUGGUCAGCAGGAGUUCAUGAUGCAGCAGCAAAAAUUUGUGCACCAACAAUUCAACCAACUAACUGUUCCCAGCUACUCAACCAGCAACUACGCCACUCCCAUGGUCUACGACGUUCGUCCAUGUGGGCGCCGGCCCAUCAGCGCUCCCAGCUCUCUCGGUGACUUCGGGGCUGUCUCCUCCUCUCGGUACUACAACCCCCCUGUCCGGGGCACCAGCGUUCCCCCCGCCGGUCAGCAACACCACGUCGGUCAACCCGCCGCUGAGCAACAACAUUCCACCAGCAAUUCUUCCGCCGCCGAACCCUUUCCUGACGCCCGUCGUGUCGGGCCCAGCGACUCAAAUGUUGCUUUGGGUCAACAAUCCCUGCAGCCUAUUCUUGCUGCAGGGACUCAUUACAAGGGCUCACCCAUCUCCCCUCCGUCGGCCAUUAGCACUGCUGCCCAGAAUGCUUCCUCGCCCCAGCCGCAGUGGCGGUUCGACUACGAGCCGCUUAUCAGGGUUCACAAAACAGUCUUCCGAGAAGGUCGGCAUGUUCGUUGCACUCCUGAAGGCCUCAUCAACAGAAUCGUCCACAUGCUUAGCCUGAGAAACACGGGACAGCUGCCUUUCUUGGACAAGCUUCAAUGCCUGGGGGCAGCAUCGCGCGAACCUCGAUUUGCAGAGGCCAUGCUCUCUGGAUACUUCGACGUUUCCCACCUGGUCGAGAUGACACGGGCCGAGACCAAUCAAAUGAUUGAUUACCUCAAGGCACUGCCUGAGGGAGCCUUCAAGAACCUCAUCUGGACUUCACAGUUCAACAUCAAAUUACUUCGCAACCAUGUUGAGUCCUCGGGUGCGAUCGCCGGUAGUGGACCGAACUCGUCACCAAGGCAACAAGACCAUCGUCGUCGGGAGAGUUUCAGCAGGGGCAGCCAGCGCGCGUUGCUUCGGUUCAUUGGGGAUGACUCUGAGUCACAAUCGCAGCGCCAGUCACAACCACAACCCCAGCAGUCAUCGUCGUUUGUGUUGUCUUCGCAGCAGAUUUCUCGAGUGCAACAACGCCUUCGCCAGUCGGUCACGUCUCAGUCGCAACCGCUGCCUAAGAAGCUUCCGUCGACGCCGACACCGUUCUCUGCUACAAAUACGUCAGCUAAGGCGGUGCGACCUGGCGAUUCAGCCGAUGAGCCACAAGUCAUAUCUGACAGUGAUUGA